AUGAAAUUCAUUCUUUUUACUUUACUUACUUUUUUAGUAUCUGCUGAUGUGGUAUCAUUAAACCCAGCAAAUUUUAAUACAAUUGUUGAUGGAAGUAAACAUGUCUUUGUUAAGUUCUUUGCUCCAUGGUGUGGACACUGCAAAAAACUUGCCCCAGAAUAUAUUAAACUUGCUGAUGCUUACAAAAAUAAACAAGACAUCGUAAUUGCUGAACUUGAUUGUGACAAUAAGGACCACAAAGAUCUUUGUGGAAAGUUUGGAAUUAAUGGAUUUCCAACUUUAAAAUUCUUCAGAAAAGGAACUACUGAACCAAUUGAGUAUGAGGGUGGAAGAACUGUUGAAGACCUUUCUCAUUUUAUUGAAGAAAAGAUUCAACCCAAAGCACCUUCUAAUGUUGUCUCAGUAACAAGUGCUACAUUUGAUAGCAUUGUAAUGGACCCAACUAAAAAUGUCUUUGUUAAAUUCUUUGCUCCAUGGUGUGGACAUUGCAAAGCUCUUGCACCAAAAUAUAUUGAAGUUAGCAAGAUGUAUGCUGGUGAAGAUGACCUUGUUAUUGCUGAAGUUGAUUGUACUGAAAAUCAAGAGACAUGUAACAAAUAUGAAGUCCACGGAUAUCCUACUUUAAAAUCAUUCCCAAAGGGAGAAAAUAAGAAACCUAUUGCCUAUGAAGGAGGAAGAGAAGUUAAGGACUUUGUUACAUAUUUCAAUACAAAUUAUGGAUAUGAUAGAGAUGAAACUGGAAAGUUAGGUAAAAUGGCAGGAAGAAUUGCUGAACUUGAUGACCUUGUUAAAGGAUUUGUUGAUAAAGAGAACAAAGAAGAAAUUAUUAAGAAGGCUGAAGCAAUAGAAGGAGGAGCUUAUUAUGUUAAAGUUAUGAAAAGAAUUAUUGAGAGAGGAGCAGAUUAUGUAGAAAAAGAAAAGGCUAGAAUCAACAAAAUCUUAGAAAAUCCAUCUAUGAAAGCCAAGAAAAUUGAUGACUUCACUAGAAACUUGAAUGUACUUGAAGUUUUCUAA